GGCCGGGGCUCUAGCAGCCCGCGCCGCCCGGGCCGCUCCGGGGACGGGCCGGGGCGGGGCGCGGUCUUAGGAAGCCAGGCGGGGACGCGCGGAGGCGUUGGGGAGCGAGGGAGGGCGCGGCCAACUCCCGGAGGGACGGCAGGCCGAAAGAGCGGCGCUGGGGCCUGGCGCUCAGCCUGAGAUCGCCGGACCACAGGCCGCCCCGCCACGGGCUCUGUCCCGGCCCCAGCCCCGCCAGCAUGGCCGGCCGGACCGUGCGGGCCGAGACCCGGAGCCGGGCCAAAGAUGACAUCAAGAAGGUGAUGGCGACCAUCGAGAAGGUCCGGAGAUGGGAGAAGCGCUGGGUGACUGUGGGAGACACUUCCCUUCGAAUCUUCAAGUGGGUGCCUGUGGUGGAUCCCCAGGAGGAGGAGAGGCGGCGGGCAGGAGGCGGGGCAGAGAGAUCCCGUGGCCGGGAGAGACGUGGUAGGGGCACCAGUCCCAGAGGGGGAGGCCCCCUCAUCCUACUGGAUCUCAAUGAUGAGAACAGCAACCAGAGUUUCCAUUCUGAAGGUUCAUUGCAAAAGGGUGCUGAGCCCAGCCCUGGGGGGACGCCCCAGCCCAGCCGCCCUGGAUCACCAACUGGACCCCCAGAAGUGAUUACUGAAGAUACUCAGCCCCCACAAUUGGGUCAGGAGAGAGAUCCAGGGGGGACACCUGCAGGCGGUACUGAUGAACCCCCAAAGCUGACCAAGGAGGAGCCUGUUCCAGAAUUGCUAGAAGCUGAGGAUUCCGGCGUGAGACUCACCAGGAGAGCCCUUCAAGAGAAAGGCCUGAAAACCGAGCCCCUCAGGAGGCUUCUCCCCAGGAGAGGCCUCCGGACAAAUUCUCGGCCAACUUCCACGGUUCCGGAACCCAGAGCUCCCGGAAGUGGGAGCAAGGCCCAGAGGGCACCCAGGACGAUACCACAAGGGAAGGGGAGGUGAGCGGGUUCCACCACACAAGGGGAGGCCCUUAGGUCUUCCUUAGCUGCCUCAAGAUCCAGUCAUUUACCCACACCGUUUAAGGGUGGAGAGGGCUUUGGAGCUGGGCACCCGCAGCCAGCAAUGGAGGUCGGCAGCCAGCUCUCUGCUUGUCCCUGUCCCUAAAUUAUGGAUCCAUCCUGCUUGCUGUGGGUCCAAAACUACUGGGCCAGAGCAGGUCCCAGACAGGGAAUGUCUGGGGACAUCUCUAGGUGAUGCCUAGAAGCAACUUGAAUACACAAAAUGGUGGAUCCUAUGCCAACUUGGUCACCUCCUCACACACUUAGGGCAGCCAUCCACCAAAGGGCCAGGCAUGGCCCCUGGAGGUGACCUUCGACCUUUGGAACUACAGUAUCUACACUGGUGAGGGGCCCUACCAGCAAGACUUGAGCAGCGAGCAACCCCUGAAGCACUGGGCAAAAGGUAAUGCCACAGCUUGUGAAUGGUGUGAAGAUUCAAUUGCCCGUGUGUAGAGACACCACUCCAGCAAGCACCUGGCAGCCUCACCCGCUUCCACGAGCCUAUGGACUCUGGGCCUGCUAAUUAACCCUUGGCUCCAGAAGACAUGUGCCAACCAGGGUGCCAACCUUGCCUCAGGUCAAUCGAGGGGUGCACAUGGCCCAGUGACCUUUCAGACCAGGCCACAGCCUCCUGCCCCAGGAAUGGAUGGAGACAUGUGGUCCAGCACUGCCAAAUCUACCUGGAAACUACCCACUUUGAGAAACUCAUGGCAGAUGAGCCAUCUGAGUGAUUCCAAGGGCUUUCAUCAACCUCUUGCCUCCGACUUGACAACUCACUUGGCCAGGAGGUAGUGUCUCCUGUACCACAGAGAGCUAACUGUACUACAUAUUGCAACUUGUGGGACUUAUUUAAUGCAGCACUCCUGUCAUAGAUCCUGUUACUUUCACAUUUUACAGAUAUAGAAAACAAGCAACCAGGAGGUUAAAGAGCUUGCCCCAAGUCACACAGCCUGUCUGUGGCAGAGCCAGCAUUCACAUCCAGUCUACCCACCUGACUCCACAGUCCCUGCUAGUGUACCACUUUUUGUGCUGGGCAUGCAGGUGGGCUGCAGCUGUGAGCUUUGUUGAGGCGUUCAUUGAAGGAACAUCCAUUUUUCUCAGUGGCAAAUUACAAAGGACUUUUAAUUUUAACUUUCUUCUGCCUGACCUACCUUCCUUCCUUCCUUCCUUCCUUCCUUCCUUCCUUCCUUCCUUCCUUCCUUCCUUCCUUCCUUUCUUCCUCUGCUGGCCAUGAACCCACUAGACCAGGCCAGUCUUGAACUCACAGAGGUCUGUCUAUCUCUGCCUCUCCAGUGCUGGGAUUAAAGGUGAGCGACACCAUACCCAGCUUAGGCCUUCUUUGUUUGUUUGUUUGUUGUUUUUUGAGUAAUAAGGUAAGCAGAUGUUCUGUGUCCAUAACUGAGAUGACAUGGACAUUGAGUGGUAAGGGACUUGAGCUCAGCCCCUGGGUCCCUCAGAUUCCUCUCUGGAGUGCCAUUGAUACAGGAAGCAUCAUCUAGGCCCAGCUCCUGAUUGGCGACUUCCCAGAAGCCAUGGGCUGUCAUGCCAAGUGACUGGGGAACUUCAAGUAACAAACAUUUAUUAAUUAGACUUCUGAACUACCAAUGGGGCAGAAGUUUUCACGUUUCAAACACAGAUACUAGUUUUCAAGAUUCAGAAAUGAAACAUAGGAAUUCUGGGGAGGUCCAGAAAGUCCUACUUUGUAUUUUUCAUAACUCUCUGUAUCUUAAAAGCUAAGAAACUCACAGUUCAUCGUAGUUUAAAAGAGCUGCAAGCCUUAAAUAUUCAAAAGGUAGAAACUGCCAGUGUGUGUCACUGGGUAGUAGUUGAAUAACAAAAUGUUUACGGAUCCAAUUAGAUUCAUGGUACUCCAGAGUCAUGAGUUGAAAUCGCGGAUAUAAAGACUUAUUUCCAAUGCAUCAUUUCUCAGAACACCCUGGGAUUUGUAUAAAACACACGAUGCAUGUGAACGCAUUCAUGUUUAUCUUAUUUCUGAGAAUCAUUCUACAGGCGGGGGAGCACGCAUACAUUUUUAAUGUCAGGGCUACAGAAGACUGGCCUGGCACGGCUCCCCUCAGUUCUUGGUUCCCAAAUUCUAAGGAUGUCUGCCUUCGUUUCAUGUGUCAGCCUUUCCUGCUCUCGGACCUGACACAGUGGCUCCGUACAGCGAGGACUCCUCUGUGCUGAUGAACUUCGGCUGUUAGAGGACUGUUAGUAUGUUUCCUGUUUCGCCAAUUUAUUUGCUGAUUGGUUUUGUGAUUCAAAAAACAAACAAGCAAGCAAACAAACAAAAACAAAAGCAGGGACCAGGCGUGGUGGCGCACGCCUUUAAUCUUGGAGGCAGAGGCAGGCGGAUUUCUGAGUUCGAGGCCAACCUGAUCUACAAAGUGAGUUCCAGGACAGCCAGGGCUAUACAGAGAAACCCUGUCUCAAAAACAAACAAACAAAAACAAACAAAAAAACAAAAGCAGACAAAAUCACCACCAGCAGCAGCAACAAUCCCAGGUUUCCCAAUAAUGUCAGCAAGGAAUUCUGAACAGACAAAGUCCGUGGGGCUGAGCAGGGACGGUGAAUAAGUGAGCUCGUGUUUAUGAAGCCCAGUGAUCUGCUCCUUGCAGCCAGAACGCUCCAGCUCAGCCAGGCCCUGGCACGAGCCCUCGGCUGAAGCACUCACCUCUGAGCUUCAGUUUAGUGAGUAGCAUCCUCCCUAGAAAGUAAUAUUCUUGCUUCAUACGGUGAUAUGGUGGAAGGGUUACCAGCAUGGCUUUGGAGUCAGACAGACUGUGGUUCAAAUCUUAGCUACACGACUUUCUACCUCUUUGAUUUGGGGCAAGUUCUAACCGCUGGCUUUUUCUCUUCUGUAAAAUGAGGACAUGGAAUCUAUUUCACAGGGCUGUGGCUUCAGUGAGAUCACAUAUGACCCGCUUAAGUCAAAGCGGGUCCACGGUAUGUGUUUGAUCCCACGUAGGCAUUACCCGCUGUAUCUACCUCACAGGGCAGUUGUGAGGAUGAAGGGUAGAGGGAAAUGCUUUCCAAACUGUGAAGUGAUCUGUGUUUACCUCUCUCCUCUGGAGAUGGAGAGAUAGGAAGUUGCUGUCAGACACUAGUGGGAUGCCCAUGGAGAGGGCCUAGUAUGCUUCUGUGCACACAGUGUGGCUGGGCUGAAGGGGAGGUGCUGUGUUGUGCAGUGGUGCACAGCGGGGGCGUGCCCUCCGGUGAGGGUUGCUGCACUGAAGUGGGGAAGUUCAGUGCCUAUGGCUACACUGUUGGGAGCAGGGAGAGCGCAGGUCCUAUCUUAAGAAGGAUGCUAGAUGGGGGCUAAAGUAGAUGAGUGUUUGCCUAGCAUGAGCAAGGGCCAUGGAUUUCGUAUCUAGCACCUCAGGAAAAACACAACAAACAAACAAACAAACAAACCCCUCUUCUUGUUUAAAGAUUCUGGAUAAAGAACAGUGUUGUGAACGUGUGUAUCCACUGUUUGUCUUUUUAAAUACAACUCAAAUAGCAGGAAGGCCUGUGUGCACAAGAGGUGACAAGUGACUGCAAGUGUUUCCAUCGCUGGCAGCCAUGCACCCUCCUACCACGAGUACAGAUUUCAUUCUGGAGUGUGCAGACCAAAUGCAGGUCAGAGGGCCCUCCCGGGGCAACUCGCCAAGAUCCUGACCAAAGCCUAGCCUCACAAAGUAAUCCCUAGCCCAGUUAGCAGAUCAGGGGUUGGGGCUUGGGAACGUCAUGUCCAAUGUCCAAGGCUGCACAGGUCCUGUGGGGACAGAAUCCAAGCCCUUCACCUGGAUUGGGGUUCCUCCGCCUGCCAGUCUCAGAUCUCUGAUCUUGAACAAGGAUAGCAUGCAGAAGAGUAAGGUUCCAUGCCUAAGUGACCUCCUCUGGACCUCAGACGCAGUUCUUGCUCCUGACCUCAUGCCUCGUCUCCAGACAUCACUCCCCAGCUUAGCCCUUAGGUCAGGCUCCUCUGGGCACCAUCCUUAGAUUCAACCCAAAGGAGGGUCCUCUCAUUCUAACCAGACUGUCUCUCCAAAUACCACCCUAGUCAGCUCCUUGGCUUCUCAGUGUCCCCUUGGAGAACAUGGGGUAUAGGUUCCCAGCUAGUUCAGUGGCAUUCCACAGCCCAUCUCUUGUGAGGUCCCACUCCUUAACAAUGGUCUUUCAGUUUCAAACGCAUGCGGCCAGCGGGCAGUCUAGGGACCCUUCAAAGUCAAUGCUUCUUGAUUAAAUUAUCGAGACUAAUGUUUAACUUUGAGAUACGUUUUCUGAGAGUUGCUAACCGGUUGGAGAUGAACUUAGAGAAUAGGGUUCACCUUUUUCGUCUGUCAGCGGGUUAUCGAGUGCCCAGUGGUGUGCCAGAUUCAGCAGCUGGUGCAGGAGAUACAUUCGUGAGCAAAACAGAUCUGAGCCCUGACUUCGGGAGGCCUCCUCCUAACAACUAGGGCAGAUAUAACCAGUGUUCCCUGAAUACAAACGCCUAGCCUGGCAUGGUGGCACACACCUAUGAUGUCAGCCCUUAGGAGCCGGAGGUAAGAAGAUCAGGAGUUCAGCUAUCUUUGGCCAACCUGGGCUACAUAAGACCGUGUCUUAAAAAAAAAAAAAAAAAUCCAAACAAAAUACACACUAUAACUGUGAGAAAUGUUGUGAAGAGAAAGGUCCAAAUGCAGUGAAAGAGCUCAGUAAAAAAAGUGUGGGGUGUGUUAGGACAGUGACAACAUGUGCCCGUAUGUGGAGAAGAGAAUCCUGGGUAAUGGGAGGAGCUUACUGUAUUGGAAUCGGCAGCAGCAGUGAGGUCUGCUGCUGGACGGAGCCUGCCCCCCAGGCUGGGUGGGGAAGGUGUCACGGACCUUGCAGACCACGGUAAGGAACUUGCAUUCUGGUGUUUAACUUUUUAUUUGGAGACCAUUUCAAAGUGACUGGAACCUUAUGAGAGUGGCACAAAAGAUGUCUGCAUACUUUGGCUGCAGCCUCCCCGACUGACCUGUAAACGUUCUGUUCCCCGAGUCACCACCCGUGUCUCCCUGUGAUGUGUACUCAUAGCCUGUAGUCCGAACUCUGAGAAUGAGUUGCAUACAUUGUGUCUGUUUACACUUAAAACACAGUGGAGACCCCCUACAGUAAUGCCUCGCCCGCCUCCGCCUGCCACACUGGGUUUAUCGCUGGUUGGUGGCUCCACACUGUUUGUUGGUCGUCUCUCUAGUCACCUUCAUUAGCAUCUUCCCUUUAGGACAAGUCACGUCUGCGAAUGAUGUGGACCAUGCGUUGUGCUUUCUUGCUCGUAUCUUUUAAUGUGGCGUAGUUUCUUUCCUCUCUGUUUGAAUAGACUAUUUCUCCUUUUG